AUGCGAAGCUUUCUACGAGUUGUUUUCGUGCUGUUCUUAUUUUCAUUUCACAAGGAAGGGAAUGCUACAAGAUAUCUUCCUUCGAUUGUAUGGGAUAAUCUCAAUCCAAUGUAAGCAAUUUCUAUUUUAGUGCAAUAGAUAUAUAUGUAUACUGACUAUACCGUCAAAAAGAUAUCUCGUGGUCCAGUGUAGGUAGUAUUCUACAAUAAGCUGUCGUGGUUUGUGUCUGAACUACCUGAAAAAGAUAUCUCAAACGUGGUGGUCCAGUGUAGGUAGUAUUCUACAAUAAGCUGUCGUGGUUUUUGUCUGAACUACCUGAAAAAGAUAUCUCAAACGUGGUGGUCCAGUGUAGGUAGUAUUCUACAAAAAGCUGUCGUGGUUUGUGUGUGAAAUACCUGAAAAAGAUAUCUCAAACGUGGUGGUCCAGUGUAGGUAGUAUUCUACAAUAAGCUGUCGUGGUUUGUGUCUGAACUACCUGAAAAAGAUAUCUCAAACAUGGUAGUCCAGUGUAGGUAGUAUUCUACAAAAAGCUGUCGUGGUUUGUGUGUGAAAUACCUGAAAAAGAUAUCUCAAACGUGGUGGUCCAGUGUAGGUAGUAUUCUACAAUAAGCUGCAGUGGUUUGUGUCUGAACUACCUGAAAAAGAUAUCUCAAACGUGGUGGUCCAAUGUAAGUAGUAUUCUACAUUACAAUAAUCCUAUAUUGGUUUGAUGGUUCUAUGUUUUCAUUUCUACGCGAGCGAGAAUAUUUCAUUCACAAAACGUAUAUCUCAAGAGCGCGAAUUAUACUUCAUCACACGACGCUGCUUAUAAACAUUUGAAUGGACAUACAAUGGUAUACUCGUUUCUAAGCUAAACCAUGCAUGACUCUACUCACUUGAAACACGACAAAAAUAUAAAUAUUAUGCUAUGUUAGCCAUCUAUUCCCUUAAAAAACAACCGGAAUUUCUCAGACUUUAACAUCAUUACACUGAAUUUUUAAUUCCGCAGCACAAGUAUAAAGCCGGGUUUACACUAUCAAAGUUUCUGUGAUCACAGUAGGAAUUUUGCAUGGGUAAAUUCUACACUGAAGUUUUGAAGGAUUUGUAAGAAAUGUUUGAGGAAACUGAUUUAGUGUUUAAAGCCCUGAUCAAACGCGGAAAACGCAAGUCAUCGCAAGUAAACUUGCCCUGAAUUGCGAUGGGACCGAUCAAACGAUACGCAAGUUAUCGCAACAAUUUACAAUAUUUGGCCCGUGUGCGGGUAAUUUUGCGAAGUUGCAAAAUUGUAUGGCCGUCAUUUAAACCCAUUUAAAACGAAUGUAAAAAAUUUUGAAAAUGCCAUGUAAAAUGAAGCGAGAGCUGCCAACAACACUGUGUUAUUUUCUCUACUUGCAUGAAACGUGGAAAAACAAGAGCAUGGAUUAAGCGAAGAUCAGAAAAAGGUCAUUUUUAUAACAUCUUGAGAGAGCAGGGGACUAGCGAGUAUGGUUUCCUUUGAUUUCCAUGGAAACUGGUCUCAAAAAACUUGUCUGAACUUGCACUUCCUGAUCAAACGUAUCGCAAGUGCUCGCACGUUUAAAAAAGCUUGCGAUGAAGUUUGAACCAGCUCAAAUCAUUCGCAAAUAAGUCAAAUAUAUAUAAAUAUAGAGGAUAAUUAUAAUCACAAAGGAUAACCUUCUUUAUAUUCAGUCUAGUAGCUAAAACGAAACCUUUUGUUUUAAAAUGCACAGAAAGCCUCCUGGUCGGGCUAAGUGUUUUAUAGUACAUUGAAAAUUUAAAUAACAAUUAUGUAUUCCUCAGCUUUCGAGUUCCGUCUUUUACUGACAUGAAUUUAAUUAUCCUUAAGACAAUACACUCAACUAUAUAUAGAGUCAGUCAGGCAUUUAAAACUAUGUUCAAUAACAAAACACAAGCUGAAACAGUCACGUUCUGUGGAUUUUACUUAAUUACUUUUUUAAUUAAGCUCUCGUUUAUAUGUCCAAAAUGCUGUAUAGUCCAUAUACUGGAUAGCUCUAUCAGUUCUAAAUUGUUAAGGAUUAUCCCUUAUUGAUCAGAAGGAAACCUAAAUUAAACUAACUUUAUUUAUACUGGAUAGCUCUAUCAGUUCUAAACCGUUUCUCUAGAGGUCCAACAAGAAUCGUCUCUUAUUGCUUCGGUAUAUAUAAAUAUAUAGUGCAGAAAAGCGGAGCACCCGGAGAAAAUCUGGCGUAACGGAGAAGUCAUGCACAAGUCACAAGUAGGCAUUUAUAUAUAUAUAUAUAUUGCACCUUCGGCGUUUAAAGAAGUGUAAGAUAUGCGCGUGACCAGCAAAAAGUUGCCUUUAAACUGAACUUAGAGGAAGAAAACGGGAAGAACGAGAGAAAAUUAAAUAUGCUUCCUCAAUCUAUUAUGCACUUCGUUUUCGAGAGAUAGACUUAACUUGAUGAAAGUGCAUCAAUUUAGACACAUCCUAUACUUUUUCAAUUUACUUCAACUUAUACAUGCAAUAUCCGCGUAGUUCAGUCUAGUUUUAAUUAUUAAUGAACGAAUAUUAAUUGCUAAUUUUUUUUAGGUUAUCUUGCAAAUGUAAUUGGUUCCACCCAAUAGCCCUGAUCGAAAUCUACGAUCGAUUCGAAUUUGUGUGUCCGACAACGAGAAUCCAUACGCUGUUACUGAACAAGCGCUCAAGACCUGUAGAUCACAUGAACCUGAAUAUUUUCCAGAGAAAAUGGAAAGGAGGGAUUGAUGCCAAAGGCAUGAAUGAACUGAAGAAGCAAAUGAUGAGUGGAGAGUUCUGUGACCCCACACAUAAAGACACAAGUAAUGGCAGUUCUGGCUAGAGACAAUGGAUGCGCCCUUACCCCCUAACACAGAGUCUUCCCGAUCUUUUAUUGGCAGCUAAAAUCCAAUCAGUAAAACAUUUUGUACGAUAUCAGUUCUAAAUUACUGUUCUAUCAUUUGUCAGUUAUCACUUAAGAUAUUUUAUAACAUGUCAAUUCCAAAUUACUAUUCCCUCGUUUUUCAUCAAUUCUAAAUCACCGUUUCAUCUUUUGUCAGCUAUUUUCUAAAAUGUUAGUUCCAAAUUUCUGUUUCAUCGGACCUAUCAACUCAUCAACACUUGUUAAAGUAUGCACCAAAUGUAUAUACUUUAAAGCAAAUUCUUAUUCUCAAUUGUAUAGAAAAAAUAUUUACAUGUAAAAUGGGAGCGCCAGAUGGACAUACGAUAAGAUUUGCAGGAGACGCUGGUUUUUAUAAAGACGACAUUGUGGUGUAUUUUAGUAAGUAUUGCACUCUUCAGUUUAGUUACAUUUUUGGCAUGGUUACUGUUCUGGAACAUAUCUCAUGGUGUCAUAGAAUCCUGAAUUACAUUAGUCUUAACUAAGCCUCAUUUUUACAAAUGUCCCAAGCACAUUAGCCAAGUUUUGAAAAUUUACGAGAAAACGUCUUAAAGGCAGGUUGACACUAUCAAAGUUUCUGUGAUCACAGUAGGAGUUUUGCAUCGGUGAAUUCUACGUUUUGAAGGAUGUUUGAGGAAACCACUCCGUGUUAACAAUGACUCGGUUCCCUUACAAACUUUCAAAACGUACAGUUGACUUAUGCAAAUUUCCUACUGUUAUCACAGAAACUUUGAUGUCACAAUGUGAAGCAGCCUUUAUUGCUAAGUAUUAUGAUCAAAUUGUUGUACCAUAUUCUAAUAAUAGUUUAUAACUCUUUGACAGAUAAUCGCGACGAUGGAAGAAAGACCAGUCUCACAAGUACUGAAAAGCGUUGCGCCAUGGCCUUCGUGACGAAAGCCACCUGGAAUGUUGCCAAAAAAUAUGACUUCACAUAUGGAAAGAAUUUAGAUGAACUUCGUAAGUUUACUUUCUUAUGUGGUGGGUUUAAGUCAACGUUGCAGGGCAGCAGAUGAUCGUUAACCUCAGAGAUGUGCACACUUUUAAAAGGAAAAAAAUUGAGUAGCCGAAUGGGGUAGCCGAUCUUAUUUUCAAGUUAAAUAACUAACUUUAAACCCAAAAUGUCGACCAUAUUGAAUCGUCAUUGUUGCCAUAACAACGGCAGUUGCGAUUCCUUUUCUUCGAAAAAAUCCAACUCUGUAGUUAUCAUUUUUGUAAUCUGACUUUCUUUGUCUUUUAACAAAUAGGAAUUGUCGAAAAAUUGGGUCUAAAUCGGAGAUCUUCCAUUUUCUAGUAAACUGUAGGGAGCCACCUUUAGUCUUGGAGUCAUAUACUUGCAACAGCUAUUAGUAGAAUCAUACUAGUAUAGUAUUGCAAAUGCUGCAAUUUGAUUGGCUGCUCUACUCACUAUCUAUUCCCCUAUUGUUAGCGAGUAGCAAAACAAUUUUUCUGGUGCAUUUUUUUUUAAAAAUGGCUUCCGGCUCGCGUUUUUUUUAUUGAAUUAUAGAAUUAUUUUGUGGAAUAUUUUAUGUUUGAUCUCUGACUCUACUAAAACAAUUAGAUUGCUCUCGAUUUCUAUGAGGGGAUAGUUCAUUCGGGCUAUGAGGUGAUAGUUGAUCAGGGCGAAGCGGCUUCGCCCUGAUCAACUAUCACCUCAUAGAAAUCUCGAGCUCGUAAUCUAAUUGUUAAUUGACCUUUCCCCUUUUGAGUGAAAUUUUGAUCUAGACUUUCAUCACAGCUUGAAAGAGCAUCACAAAAUUAGUAAUAUUCCCAAGUUUCGCUGCGAAAUGUUGUAAAAUGCGGAUAAUAUAACCUUGUGAAGUUUUCAAUUUUCAGUCAUUUUGUAUUACAUUACAAAUGGGAAAUUGAUAAUCAGUUUGAUCAUCUGAUUAUCAAUUUUCCGUGCGUAAUCCAAAAUGACUGAAAAACGGCUAACUUCGCAAGGCUAUAUUAUCCGCAUUUUACAACAUUUCGCAACGAAACUUCGGAAUAUUACUAAUUUUGUGAUGCUCUUUCAAGCUGUGAUGAAAUUCUUGUCCAGAAUUGUCUAGAUCAAAAUUUCAGUCAAAAGGGGAAAGGUCUAUUGCAUGACCGUUGCUUUAAUAGUUCUUAACUAUAAAUUGAGCUUUGUUGCAGUGCCACAAUGCCGUCACGUCAACACAACAUGUAAAGAAGAAGCAUCAACACAACCAACAACAUCACUACCAUCAACAACACCAUCAACAACAACAGGGUCAAGUCAGACAACACUAAAUUCCAAGAAAUCAAAUGAGGCUUUAAUACAGAGGCUUAUUAAUGCUUGGCUCUGCCCACGCUAG